AUGGCUACCACGUCGCAUAUGUUUAUGUACUCUUUGACGAUCCAGCCCCCGACUGCGAUCACCCAAGCCAUUCUAGGUCAGUUUGCUGGGACCAAGGAGCAGCAGAUUGUCACGGCCUCGGGCUCGAAGUUGACGAUUCACCGUCCCGACCCUACCCAGGGCAAGAUCACUCCGCUUUAUACACAGGAUGUCUUUGGGAUCAUUCGGACCUUGGCUGCGUUCCGAUUGGCCGGAAGUUCUAAAGAUUAUAUCAUCAUUGGCUCUGAUUCGGGCCGCAUCACAAUCAUUGAAUAUGUGCCAUCGCAAAAUCGGUUUAGCCGGAUCCAUCUCGAAACCUUUGGCAAGUCGGGCGUCCGGCGUGUUGUCCCGGGUCAGUAUCUGGUGGCCGAUCCGAAGGGUAGAGCGUGCAUGAUCGCUUCCGUGGAGAAGAACAAGCUGGUCUAUGUGUUGAAUCGGAACUCGCAGGCCGAGCUGACGAUUUCUUCGCCACUCGAAGCCCACAAGCCACAGACGUUGGUCUUCGCGAUGGUGGCAUUAGACGUCGGGUAUGAAAACCCCGUCUUUGCGGCUCUCGAGAUGGACUAUGGCGAGUCGGAUCAGGAUCCGACAGGCCAGGCAUACGAAGAGGCUGAAAAGUCUUUAGUAUACUACGAGCUCGAUUUGGGGUUGAACCAUGUUGUUCGCAAGUGGUCGGACCCAGUUGAUCGGACGGCAAACAUGCUCUUCCAGGUGCCCGGAGGGGCGGAUGGUCCCAGUGGUGUGCUGGUAUGCGGAGAAGAUAACAUUACCUACCGACACUCGAACCAGGAUGCGUUCAGAGUCCCCAUUCCCCGUCGCUCAGGCCCUACCGAAAACCCAGAGCGCAAGCGUACGAUCACGGCCGGUGUGAUGCACAAAAUGAGAGGCGCGUUCUUCUUCCUUUUGCAGUCCGAAGACGGCGAUCUUUUCAAGGUCACGAUCGACAUGGUGGAAGACGACAAUGGUCAGCUCACCGGCGAAGUGAAGAGGUUGAAGAUCAAAUACUUUGACACCGUUCCGCUUGCUUCCCAUCUGUUGAUCCUCAAGAGCGGCUUCCUUUACGUUGCUAGCGAAUCCGGAAAUCACCAAUUUUACCAGUUCGAAAAAUUGGGUGAUGAUGACGAGGAGAUGGAGUUUACCAGUGACUCGUUCCCGGCAGAUCCCACCAUUCCGUACGAGCCAGUCUACUUUAACCUCAGGGGUGCGGAGAAUCUCAAUCUUGUGGAUUCUAUCAACUCUCUGAAUCCGCUGAUCGACAGCAAAGUCAUCAACAUGUUUGAGGACGACGCACCACAAAUCUACGCAGUGUGCGGAACUGGAGGGCACAGCAGCUUUAGAACGCUGAAGCAUGGAUUGGAAGUUUCGGAGAUCGUCGAGUCGGAGCUCCCUAGUGUCCCGUCGGCCGUCUGGACGACAAAGCUUACUCGAACGGACGAGUUCGAUGCCUACAUUAUUCUCUCAUUCGCCAACGGUACCUUGGUUUUGAGUAUUGGUGAAACCGUGGAGGAAGUUACGGAUACCGGGUUCCUUUCCACGGCACCUACGCUGGCGGUUCAACAGCUUGGCGAGGACUCGUUGAUUCAGAUCCACCCUCGAGGCAUUCGUCACAUUCUCGCGGACCGACGGGUGAACGAAUGGCCUGCCCCGCAGCAUCGGUCGAUCGUGGCAGCCGCGACCAAUGAGCGCCAGGUCGCUGUGGCGUUGAGCUCCGGCGAGAUUGUCUACUUCGAGAUGGAUGUCGAUGGAACUCUCGCUGAAUACGAUGAGAGACGGCAAAUGUCUGGUACCGUCACGGCUCUCAGCUUGGGCGAGGUUCCCGAAGGUCGUGUUCGCAGCUCGUUUUUGGCAGUCGGGUGUGACGACUCGACAGUCCGCAUUUUGAGUUUGGACCCUGACUCGACGUUGGAAAACAAGUCUGUGCAGGCGUUGACUUCCGCUCCGUCCGCGUUGAAUAUCAUGUCCAUGGCUGACUCGAGUUCGGGUGGUACUACUCUGUAUUUGCACAUUGGUCUGUACUCUGGUGUCUAUCUUCGGACCGUCCUGGACGAGGUGACGGGAGAGCUUUCUGACACUCGGACACGGUUCCUUGGUGUCAAGCCGGUUAAGCUGUUCCGCGUUUCUGUCAAGGGCCAGACAGCUGUUCUAGCUCUGAGCUCCCGGCCAUGGCUGGGGUACUCCGAAAUCCAGACGAAGGGUUUCAUGCUCACUCCUCUGGACUAUGUUGGUCUUGAGUGGGGAUGGAACUUUUCCAGCGAGCAGUGUGUAGAGGGAAUGGUCGGUAUUCAGGGCCAAAACUUAAGGAUCUUCUCUAUUGAACGCCUGGACAACAACAUGCUGCAAGAGUCGAUCCCUCUCACAUACACCCCCAGACGCUUCUUGAAGCACCCCGAGCAACCGCUGUUCUACGUCAUCGAAUCGGACAACAACACACUGGCAGCAGCGACCAAACAACGGUUGGUGGAAGAUGCACAGUCGCGUGAUGCCGAUGUGUCGGUCCCACCGCCGGAGGAUUUUGGACACCCCCGUGCCACAGGACACUGGGCGUCAUGCGUCCAAGUGGUCGACCCGGUGGUAACCAAGUCUGUGAUCUCGAGCAUCGACCUCGAGGACAAUGAAGCUGCUGUCAGUAUUGCCGCGGUCCCAUUUACAAGCCAGGACGAUGAGACGUUCCUUGUGGUGGGUACUGCUAAGGACAUGUCGGUCAGCCCGCCGUCAUCGUCUGGUGGCUACAUCCACAUUUACCGUUUCCAGGAAGAUGGACGGGAGCUGGAGUUUAUCCACAAGACCAAGGUUGAGGAGCCGCCGCUAGCGCUUCUUUCAUUCCAAGGCCGUCUGGCUGCGGGUAUCGGCCCGGUUCUCCGGAUCUACGAUCUGGGUAUGAAGCAACUGCUCCGAAAAUGUCAGGCGCCGGUUGUUCCGAAGAUGAUUGUCGAUCUGCAGACACAAGGAAGUCGUAUUGUGGUCAGCGACAUUCGCGAGAGUGUAACGUACGUUGUGUACAAGUACCAGGAGAACGUUCUCAUUCCGUUUGUGGAUGACUCCGUGCCACGAUGGACCACGGCAACGACCAUGGUGGACUACGAGACGACAGCAGGCGGAGACAAGUUCGGCAACAUUUGGCUGGUGCGGUGUCCCAGGAAGACGUCAGAUGAAUCAGACGAAGACGGUUCCGGGGCGCAUCUGCUGCACGAGCGCGGGUACCUGCAUGGUACAGCCAACCGUUUAGAGCUGAUGGUGCACGUGUACAGCCAAGACAUCCCGACCAGCCUGCAGCGCUCGCAGCUGGUGGCCGGUGGCCGGGACAUUCUGGUAUGGACCGGGUUCCAGGGAACAAUCGGGAUGUUGGUGCCGUUCAUCAGCCGGGAGGACGUUGACUUCUUCCAGAGUCUGGAGAUGCAGCUGGCCGCGCAGGAUGCACCGCUGGCGGGACGAGACCACUUGAUCUACCGGAGCUACUACGCGCCGGCGAAGGGCGUUAUUGAUGGGGACCUGUGCGAGCGGUAUUUCUUAUUGCCUAAUGACAUGAAGAUGAUGAUAGCGGCGGAACUGGAUCGGUCGGUCAGGGAGAUCGAGCGGAAGAUAUCGGAUAUGCGGACGCGGGUCGCGUACUAG